AUGCAUUCUACCCAUGAAAGAUGGAAACAGCGCGAUAUUCACGAAAAGCGUGAGGCGCGCAAGAAACGCAUCGCCCAAUUCGAGGCAGAGAUCAAGUCUAAUGCAGUCCUUCUGCCCCGUUUGAGGCAAAUUUCGAACGACUUAGCAGAGGGCGGCCCGGCGUAUUACUCGCAGCUCGUCGAGCGAUUAAAGACUCAACCUUCUCCAGACAAACCCACCGAUGCGCCAAACCAACUCACCUACGAUGCUAUGAUUGAGAGUUUACUUCUUACCGUGCAUAAGGAAGUGAAGGAGAAGGGGAUCUCGGCCACCGAUACCGACAAGCUUGGACCGGUGCUAGUUGCACAGCUUGACUCGCAUAUCGAGAAGCUUACCAAGAGAAACAAGGAAGCCACUGAACAGUUAGAGGAAGAAAAGAAGGAACAAACGAAGAAGAUUACAUCGGAUGAUAUCCACGAUGGUUUCAAUUCCAAGUAUAUGCCACCCCCGAAGGCCCCAGAGCCAGUUGAGGUCCUCCCGUCAAAAAAGGCACCCGAAAAGAAAACGACAACAACCAUUCAGACCUUGAACAGUCCAUCAGCUAAGACGACAGAACCCCCUGCACCAAAGAAGAAAGAUGAAGAAAACGAUUCCGACAGCGAUGAUGACACCGAAAUCCCUGACAUCUCACCAGCUCUCCUCGAAUUUUCAAAAAUUCCUUACGGUGAUUUCGCAGCAUCAUACGCCUUCAUCCAAAAGGAUCGGACGAUCUUCGUCGAGGGUGCUACAGAUGCUCUACUUCUACAGGCUUUCAAUGCCCAGAUGGAGGGGAAAUCCGUGUACGCAAAGCAGUGCGUUCACCAGAGUCUUUUGAUCCAGUACUGUGAGAAGCUUGGUCGGGACGGCGUUGGGAUGUUCUUCAAACGGAUGAUGUCUGGUCAGCAAAAAGCGAUAGAUCUAUUCCUAAAUGAUGCCCAGGGAACAUAUGAUCUCGUCGUGAAGCGCGCGAAGAUUAACCUGCAAGAGAAGGCUCGACAGGAGAAAGUUGGCGGAAUCGAAACAAUACAGCUCGUUGUUGAGAAACCCGACACUGUCAUCUCCUUCAACAUUCCAGAUGGACCUCCUCCGGAGACCUUGAUUCUGGAAGGCCCAGGAGCAGAAGACCUUGACGUUGAGGAGGUCCGAAGGUCUCUACAAACACGUUGGGAGAUUUACCAAGGGUUUGACGAAAAGCUUAAGAAAGCGUUGCAAUCGAACAGUUUGGAAAAGGUUAACAAGCUGCUCUCGAAGAUGACCGUGGUCGAGGCGGAGGAGAUCGUGAAAUUAUUGCAGAUUUCCGGCAUCUUGCACUUCGCCGAAAAUGGUAUUCGGGAUGAGACAGGCAAAGCUGCCGAGUAG